AUGGCGCACGAUCGAAGCACCGAUGCGCAGACGGAUGAAUGGGGCGAGGAAUGGGCGCACGAUCUGCGAUUGCGGUUUGAGCAACUCCUCCGCACACGGCGGCUGAACGAGCUGGAUCUGUCCAGGUCACGGCAAGGAUCAAGAUCGCCGGCUCCCCGCGAAGCGACGCCAUCGAGCACUCCGCUGAGCCCUCGACCCUCGCAAUCAGAUUCCCGGCCAUCUACGUCCUACAGCGGCCUGCAAGGGUCGAGCAGCACACCUCCCACAUAUUCAUCCUUACGAAACCUCCCCAAGAUCCCCACACCGCCCGCCGCCCACGACCGAGAGUCGCAAAAGUUUCGCAACUUUCUCAUCACACUAUCGUCGACCCCAACAAAAUACGAGAACCCGGGUCUGCUAGAUGAAGCAUUACAGGUCAUUCCACUCGACCGGAUAUAUGGCGAGGCAGAAGAAGAGAGCCAGGUGAUGCAGGCCGAGGCCGAGAGUUUGGGCAAUCGGAAACCCGCCUGGGGCUACCAGGAUUGUGUCAUCAGGGCGUUGUUAAGGUGGUUUAAGAGAUCAUUCUUCACAUGGGUCAACAACCCGCCGUGCCCUGUAUGCUUUUCCCCGACCAUUGGGCAGGGCAAGACCGCCCCGACUCCAGAUGAGAACGCCUGCGGUGCGCUCCUCGUCGAGCUGUACCGGUGCUCGAGCCCCAACUGCGGAGCCUAUGAGCGGUUCCCCCGAUAUAGUGACGUUUGGCGUCUGCUGCAGACACGGCGCGGCCGUGUUGGAGAAUGGGCCAACUGCUUCAGCAUGCUCUGCCGCGCGCUCGGCACCCGUGUGCGCUGGGUAUGGAACGCUGAGGACCACGUCUGGACCGAGGUCUACUCGGAGCACCAGAAGCGUUGGGUCCAUGUCGAUGCCUGCGAAGAGGCCUGGGACAACCCUCGUCUCUACACCGAGGGCUGGGGAAAGAAAAUGUCGUAUGUUGUGGCAUUCUCCAUCGACGGCGCGACCGACGUCACCCGGCGAUAUGUACGAAAGUCGGAGUUUUCGGCGGAGCGAAACAGGUGCCCCGAAGAGGUCAUGCUGUACAUUAUGCAGGAGAUCAAGAACCUGCGACGGGCCAAUAUGGACAAGGACAACCGAUUCCGGCUAGAGAAGGAAGAUUCACGCGAAGACCGCGAGUUGCGACAGUAUGUCGUCAACUCGAUUGCCCAAGCAGUCACUCAGCUUGUGCCUGGCUCCAGCACCGCCGGUCCCAGCAGCCCGGCCCAUGUCGGUAGCGGCAGUACCUCACCGAGUUCCGAAGACACCAAGCUUCCUGCCGAGCUCCCCGGCCAACAGAACGGCAAUGCUGAGUGGAUAGCCGCGCGCAGCGAGAACGAUAGGAGGCAGCAACAGCCUCCGCGCGAUCCCCGCGACCCUUCGUUCCGAUGA